UUUCACACUGGGUAUGAUCAAUGCCCCUUUCUGCUUUCGGUACCCAUUGUUACUGAGGCCUCAGAGUGGUUCCUCAUGGUGACCUCAUUUUUCGACGGUCCUCAAUCCAUUUCAUCUCCUCAAACAAAACAAACCCAAUCCCUGGGAUCACGUGGAGCCGUGGACGUAAGCCUGUCUGACUGCUAUUCGCCCGCAGAGGAAUCCGUGCCCCUCAUCUCAUGCCAUUGGUGAAUUGGUGAGCCGGUCCGAUUGAACUGCACUUUCCCAGCCCUUCUUCAGGGUCCGUCCCCGACUACGAUGCGCCACCUGGGACCGCUCUGGUAUUAUUGGAUGGGCCUGAGUUGCGUCCAAUGGAUGGGUGUGGGGUCCUCGUCGGAUAGCGCGGGCGGCGUGACGGAUCAGGAGGUGUUUCGUCAUUUGUUCACCCAGAAACGCCUGGAGCAUCACAUGGCCAUCGGGCGAUUAGUGACGUUGGAGGCGGAAAAACGCCAACAGCUCUUGAACGGCAUGAUGGACAAGUUCUUUUCGGUCAUGGCCACGGGCAAAGCCUUGUUGGAGAGUGCCGGCAUCGGGAUUGGACCUUUGACGGCCUUUCCUCAAGCUGAGGAGCAGAAAAACGGAUUGGCCUUGGUCAUGGAGAACACUUGCUUCUUGAGCGAUAUCUUAUUGCGCUUUCCGGAUUAUCUCCACGCCCAAUUGAAGCAUCAACCCGGAUGGGCCUUGGAUUACAAAUGGGGCCUGAGUUUCGCGGCGCAGAGUGGUGAUCUGAUCGAUGAGAAAACCCGGGAGCUCAUUCACUUGGCCUGUCAAGAGAUGGGCGUGGGCGAGCCCGAUCCGGAUUACGUGAAUCCCUACAAGGCUGUCCGCCCCAAGGUUAAACGCUUUGAAGACCCACCCGUUAUCCCCAAGAAGCCCAGAAAGAAGCUACGCAAAGGGCCCCAAUUGUCACGCUCCGAGUUGUGACUCGGAUUCGCCCGUAUGAUUGUCAUAAACUCUCACCCAAUAAACUCCAAACCACCGUGUGAUAUACUAGCACUCACUGCAUUCCCCCCGUUACCGUUUAACGCUCAUACGUUGUUUAAAUAUCA